AUGCGCCCGAGGAAUAUGACCAUCGAGCUCCCAGAGGACGCCAUCGAGAUCCUCUACGACCGCAAGCUCUCCAUCGAGGACCACUCCCCCAAACCUUGCAUAGUACCGGGCAACGCACUGCACCUCAUCGACGACGACCCAUCGCCCCGCUCGCAGACACCGUCUUCGGUGAUCAUCGUGUCUCACGAGGAGGGCACAGCACACGACCAGCCCAACACGGACGAGCGCAGCUCCUCGGAGCCGCCAGCGCGUCCCGGCCCCAGAGUGCGCUUUCGCUCACGAGUGCGUAUUACGUCCGGCGUGCAUCGCCAUCGACACAGCGCGAGUACUCCUGGCGUGCCCAAUGGCAUUGUGCGGACACCGUUGGGUACGCCCUCGUCUGGUUCGUCGUCACCGUCGUCCUCCAUUUCUGCGCCGCUCCGAUACCAUGCGGACGAGAACGCCGCGUGGGGGCCGCUCGGACGCCGUAUCAACGCGUACGCGAACGGUGCACCACGGCAGAAGAGAGCGGUGUCCUCGCCGGCUGUCAUUGGAGCGGGGGAGAACAGGGUCCGACAACUACCUAAUGAGCGGACACCGCUGGUCCGAUCUGCGAGACGACCUGGAUACGUGAACACAGACGAGCUUGACGAGGCGAGGGAAGACGAGGAAGAGUACGAGGAGGAGCUGCGCGCUGCGGCGCUGAGGAGGGAGGAAGACGCAAUGUUUGGCCCAUGGCCUCGGAGAUUGCUGAAUCGACAUUGGUGGUGGUGGCACCUGGAACCAAUUGUGUGCUGUACAUAUUGCUCCGAGGACUCCGACUACGAGGAAUGA